AUGCUGUAGAGGGGCUUCCUGGGAGGGUCCAGCCACAGGAAUCAACGGGGAAUCCUGAGCCGAGAAUUCUGAGGAUAGGAUCUCCUCCCUCCCUGAAGCUGUGGGCUGGGCCGUCGGAAGACUUUCAGUUUUGUUUCCUCGCCUGCAAGAAACGAAACUCAACUGAAAGACUCCAGAGAGCAGAACAUGGAAGGAGCCUUCUCGGUGUGCAAGAAAUGCAAAAGACACAUAGCCUCUGCCCACUUCACCUUCCAUGAGGCUCACUGCCUGCGGUUCCUGGUCUUGUGCCCGGAGUGUGAGGAGACUGUCUCCAGGAAAAACAUGGAGGAGCACUGCAAGGUUGAGCACCAGCAGGCCAAUGAGUGCCAGGAGCGCCCUGUUGAGUGUAAGUUCUACGAACUGGACAUGCAGCUCAGCAAGCUGGAGCUCCACGAAUCCUACUGCGGCAGCUGGACAGAGCUCUGCCCAGGCUGUGGCCAGUUCAUCCCACGCCGAAUGCUCGCGCAGCACACAGAUGUCUGUCGGAGUGAACAGGCCCAGCUCGGGAAAGGGGAAAGAAUUUCAGCUCCUGAGAGGGAAAUCUACUGUCAUUAUUGCAACCAAAUGAUUCCAGAAAAUAAGUAUUUCCACCAUAUGGGUAAAUGUUGUCCAGACUCAGAGUUUAAGAAACGCUUUCCUGUUGGAAAGCCAAAAAUUCUUCCUUCAUCUCUUCCAAGUCAAGCUGCUGAAAAUCAAACCUCCACGAUGAAGAAAGAUGUUCGCCCGAAGACAAUUAGUAUAAACAGAUUUUCUCUUCAUUCUGAAAGUUCAUCAAAGAAAGCACCAAGAGGCAACAACAAAACCUUGAAUCCGCUUUUGAUGUCAGAGCCCAACCCCAGGACCAGCUGUCCUAGAGGAGACAGAACAGCCUAUGACAUUCUGAGGAGAUGUUCUCAGUGUGGCAUCCUGCUUCCCCUGCCGAUCCUAAAUCAACAUCAGGAGAAAUGCCGGUGGUUAGCUUCAUCGAAAGGAAAACAAGUGAGAAAUUUCAGCUAGAUUUGGAAAAGAAAAGCUACUACAAAUUCAAAAGAUUUCACUUUUAACACUAGCUUUCCUGCCUACUUGCUGUGAUGGUCUUGUGAAAUGUGAUGGGUUUUAUUCGUUGGGCUUUAAAAGAAAAGGUUGGGCAGAACUAAAAACAAAACCCACAUAUCAUCUCAACAGAUACAGAAAAGGCUUUUGAUAAAAUUCAACUUGACUUCGUGUUAAAAACCCUCAACAAACCCGGCGUUGAAGGAACAUACCUCAAAAUAAUAAGAGCCACCUAUGACAAAACCACAGCCAACAUCAUACUGAAUGAGCAAACGCUGGAAGCAUUACCCUUGAGAACUAGAACAAGGCACUUCAGUCCUAUUCAACAUAGUACUGGAAGUCCUUGCCAGAGCAAUCAGGCAAGAGAAAGAAAUAAAAGGCAACCA